AUGGUGGUUGGUACUGAUGAUUGUAAAUGGUGGUUAGUGGUGGUUAUAGCUGGGGAUGGUGAUUGUUUGCUUUUUCCUUUAAAUUUGCUUCAUUUUCAGUCUUGGGGGUUUUAUAACUGUGCUUCUUUCUGGGUUUUUACAAUGCUCAAAUUUAUGAAAGUUCUUUUAGGAUUAGAUGUUUUGCUAUUUGAUCAAGAAAUAAGGACAAGUGCCAUGAAAACUUUCUCAGAUACUAUACUAGAUUUGGGUCUCAUGGAUUUGCCUCUUCUGGGAGCUCAAUACACUUGGUCUAGGGGAACUGAACAAUUGCAGGCAUCACGAUUAGACAGAUUCUUGAUUUCUCCUGAUUGGAAUGACUGUUUUAAGGCUAUAAAACAGAAAGCUCUCCCUAGAGUGGAAUCUGAUCAUAAGCCUUUGAUGUUGGAGUGUGGGGACUGGGACUCUAGCACAUCUUACUUCAAGUUUGAAAAUAUGUGGCUGCAGACAGAGGGGUUUCUUGAUUGUGUAAAAGCUUGGUGGAAUAGUUAUGAGGUUGUGGGUAGUCCUGAUUUCAUUCUAACACAGAAGCUUAAACUUUUGAAAAAGGAUAUCUCCAAUUGGAACACAGAGGUAUUUGGGAAGUUGGAAGACCAAAGAAGCAAGGCUCUAAAUGAACUUUCAAGACUGGAGCAAUCUACUGAAGGCAAAAUCCUUAUGCAAGAUGAAAAGAUUCAAUUGCUUAAUUUGCAGGCCCAGAUAGAAGAAGUAGCAAGGAUUGAAGAGAUAUCUUGGAGACAAAAGUCAAGAUGUCUAUGGCUCAGGGAUGGGGAUAGAAACACAAAGUUUUUCCAAAACAUGGCUGAUGCACAUAGAAGGUAUAACUGCAUUGAUAAGCUACAAGUAAGGGGGUCCACUACUGAAGACAAAGAAGAAAUCAAAGAGGAGAUUUUGAGCUUCUAUCAAUAG